AUGGGGAAAUUUUUUAUUUGUUUUUUGAUGUGUUCAAUGUUUUUUUGUUUUGUUAAUUGUGUUGAACCUCCAAAAGAUGAAUAUGACUGUUUCUUUAAUUUUAUUACAAAAAUAAACCUUUUUUCAUUCUUUCCAAAAAUCAAUGCCACUCACUAUAAUUUUUGUUCAGUUAAUAUUAAGUGUGAUGAAGUUACUGGAACAAUAAAAGAUGUUACUAUAUUAAACACAUUAACUAGUGGAUAUAACAACCAAGCAAUACUGCCAACAGAUUUAGCGUGUCUUCCUAAUUUUAGUAGAAUAUUUUUACAAAAUUUAAAUAUUUCAAAAGAACUUGUAUUUUAUCAAUUCCCACAAACAAUUUAUGAAGUAACAUAUAAUUAUGAAAACUAUGCUUGUAGUCCAAUUGAUCAAAAAUUACCUGAUAUUCCAUCUUUUUUUUUUUAUUGUAAAUCCAUUUCCGGAACAAGAAUAAAAAUGUCACACAUAAUGAAUCAGAGACUUUUUAAUUUAAAAUAUAGUUACGUAUAUUUUGAAAACGAUGUUAUUGCAACGCAUAAUAUCUCAAUGGUUGCGUUUACAGCAACUUCAUUAAACUUUGCAGACUUUUCAAACUUUAAGAGUUUACAAACUUUCUCAAUGUAUUUUAAUCAAGAUUUUGUAAUUUCAUCAAUCCAAAACUUUUCAACAAUUAUUGCAAAUUCCAUACAAAUAGAGCACGACACAGGUAUUUUGUAUCCAUUUUAUAUACCAUUAAAUAAUUUCACUCAAUUACUAGCAAUAACCGCACUUUUUGAAAAACCAAUUUCAUUAAUAAAUCUUUCAACUUAUGGUUUUAAGCAACUGCAUCUUUUGCAUGUUGGAAACGAGUUUAAUUUAAAUGGUGAGAUUCCGAUAAUUCCACCUCAUGAUUGCUAUUUUUUAGUAUACUAUGGCAAUUUUAAUGUAUUUCCAAAUUUUUCAAUUAUUACAGGAUCUUUUGGUUCUUAUCAGUCAAACUUUUCAAUUACUUUACCACCAUAUUCAGGUAAAGGUGCAAUGAUCUCUUUAAUAAACAAUAACCUUAUUGGAACAAUUGAUGAAUCUUGGUGUAAUGUCAAUUUGGUAAUUUAUAAAAAUAAAUUAACAGGAAAAAUACCUUCAUGUUUUACUUGUUAUUUUUCAGAUCCCUCUAUAUUUAAUUAUUUUUCUGGUAACCAAUUUACAAACUACAACCAAUCAAUUGGAUGUUCUGAAUUUGCACCAAGAUUUCAAUUAUUGGACAUUUCAACCAAAACUUUCCGUGUAACAGGUAUUAAUAUAGGUUUUUAUCCUAAUAAUUGGUUAUUAAACUCAGUUGAUUCCCCAUAUAGUACUCAAAUUAUCUCAAUGGG